UCAGCACAAAGUGUACCUGGUGCCUAAAGACCAGUUCAGCAUGGAGUACGUUGAACCUAAAGUCCACUGCAUCAGCACUCAUGGACAGUUCUCACCCGACAGUUCCUCCUGCGUCCCCUCACGCUUCCAGACCCCAUCAGACUCGCUGGUCCUGAAGGAGGGCCAGAGCUCCUCCAUGCAGGAGCCCGUCCUGGCCUCCCCUGCAGCCGCUCCUCCUCUGCCCUUCCACCAGAGAGACGAGCCGGCCUGGACGGGAGGAGACAGGCCUCCGUACGGAGCGGACAGCAGCGAGCACGUCAGGCUGGACUCACUGCAGAAUGCAGCUGUGUACUCCACCCGUGUCCAUGCGCUGGGACGUUACGUCUUCAUCCUCCACUACCACCAGCCGCUCCACCCCAACUACCCCGUGCAGGUCUACAUCAACGGAGGACGGAUCUGGCAGGGCCACGCCAACGCCUCCUUCUGCCCGCACGCAUACGGCUGCCGAAACGUCCUGGUGUCUGAGAACCAGAUCAUUCUGGAUGUGACGGACCACGAGGUUUUCGUCACCGUGCAGAUACCUGCUGACAAGACGCUGUGGCUGGAUUAUAUUCUGGUCGUGCCUGAGAAGAGCUACAGCUCCAGCUACCUGAGCGAGGAGCCUCUGGAUAAAUCAUACGACUUCAUCAGCAACUGCGGCCAAAACAGCUUCUACAUCGAUCCGUCCACGGCCUCUCCGUUCUGCCUCACCUCGGCCGUGUCUCUGUCCGCCUUCUUCAACAACGGGGCGAUGCCCUGCGCCUGCCACGAGGUCGGAGCCGAGAGCGACACCUGCGAGCAGUUCGGCGGUCAGUGCCAGUGCAGACCCAACGUGAUCGGCAGAGACUGCUCCAUGUGCGCCACCGGCUACUGGGGAUUCCCCAACUGCAGACCCUGUAACUGUGGGACGAGGUUGUGUGAACCGGUGACCGGCGACUGUAUCUGCCCUCCGAGGACUGUCCUCCCAGAAUGCACCCAGUGCCAGCCUCAGACGUUCGGCUGCCACCCUGUGGUCGGGUGCGAGGUCUGCAACUGCUCGCGGCCGGGCGUCGUCUCCCCCGAUGUGAACUGCGACAACCUCAGCGGACAGUGCAG